AUGAACAAUCAAGGAAACUUUAAAAACAAAACUGUUAAUAACAACAAAGGGGAGGGAGCUGCAAUGAAUCCCAAUUUAAAUCCCAAUUUUCAAAACAUCUCCCAAUAUAACAAACAACCUAGUAAUAAUUCGCAACCACAUCAAACAUUUAUUAAUAGUAAAAAUUGCUCCAUGGGGAGCACCAUCAACAACAACUCUAAGAACAACAGUAGGGACAGCAAUAGGAACCGUAGCAGAAACAACUAUCACAAUCCAAAUGUCAGUAACAGUCCUACCCCGAUGAACUACAUUGGCAGCGGUGGGAAUUUCCCAAACCUGCAUAACCAAAAUUGUACCUACAAUCCUGCGAAUUACUCAACUUUGUCGAGUAACAAUGGAGCCACAAAGGGUUCACAGAAUUAUGUAAACUCCACCACCACCCUGGGGCCCAGUCCCCCAAGUAGUAUUCCCCCACCGAGUAAUAUCCCCCCACCGAGUAAUAUCCCCCCACCGAGUAAUAUCCCCCCACCGAGUAAUAUCCCCCCACCGAGUAAUAUCCCCCCACCUAGUAGUAUUCCACAACCUAGUAGUAUUCCCCCACCGAGUGGAAUCCCAUAUAUGAACAAAAACUUCAAUCCCACAAAGGCGAAACCUUUUGGAAAUUACCUGAACAACAAUAUUAUAAACCCCCCUCCACCGAGCAAGAGUGGCAGCAACAAUAGUCUAUAUACUGCCGCAGUGACACCUCCAGAUAGGAGUUGUGGCACAAUGGAGGGUGUACAAAACAUGUUUCUUGUUCCUAGUAAUUUAAAAAGUAAGAAUAAUAACAUGUACACGAAUAUUGGUAAUAACAAAUAUAAUGUCCUAAUGAAAACUAAUCAGCACAUGCCACCACCUCCAGGUGUAAUGAUGAACAAUAAUUUUUCCCCAAGCCAUAGUAGUAUUCCAAAUAACAAUAGCAUAAAAGGUAAUAAUUUUCAUUUGCAAAGAAAUAAUGCGAUGAUAUAUCCCCCUCCUCAGAACAGUGAGAAGAGUAACAAUAUUAUGCUUAACUUACCUCACGGGGUUAACACUGUCGAUAAUUUUCCAAAAGAUAUAAAAAUAAAUGAUGGAAAUUAUCAGGAAAAUUACGUGAAUCCUCCUCCCCCCCUGUAUAAUAAACCAAUGCCUGUUACCUCAUAUCACCUUAAUAGCAGUAAUAUGUAUCCAAAUGAAAAUUACGGGAGUGGCUAUAGCGACCUAGGCGAUGGUAACAGCAGUCUUCAUAGUGGUAUAAUGAAUAACUGGAAACAAAAUGACGCAAAAAAUGGUUUGAAAAGUGGCAUGAAAAAUGGCUUGAAAAGUGGUUUGAAAAAUGGUUCAAUAAAUGGUUCAAUAAAUGCUUCAAUAAAUGCUUCAAUAAAUGAUCCGAAAAACGGCCCAAAAAAUGACCAAAAAAUUGACUCCAAAAAUGCAGUAACGCCAUGUAACAUAAAUGUAGAUGGAAGAGAACGAUUACAAAAUGAUUAUAAUCAAAACUUUGUAAAUACAGGAGAGAGGCCACAAAACUUUAUCCGCGAUAGCGAUGAAAACAUACGGUUUGAUAAGUAUCCAAAAUUGAAACAACUAUUAGAAUUAAAGAAUAUAAUUAUAAAAAAGAGGUCAACCCCAGCUAGAUACAUAAAUUGUGAUUUAAGGACAUUCGAUUUAGGAACGUUAGGUAUAAAAUUUGAUGUUAUACUUAUUGAUCCCCCAUGGAAAGAAUAUUAUGAUAGAAAAAUUCACAAUUUAGACAUACUAAAUAAUAUACACAUAGAUAAUUAUGAUUUAAAUAAUGAUAUAAAUAAUGAAAAGGAUAAAUAUUGGUGUCUUGAUGAUAUAGCCAAUUUAGAAAUUGAAAAAAUUGCGGAAGUUCCUUCUUUUCUUUUUAUUUGGUGUGGAAUUACUCACUUAGAAGAUGCUCGAAUGUUGUUAAGUAAAUGGGGAUAUCGAAGAUGUGAAGAUAUAUGCUGGUUAAAAACAAACGUGAAUGAAAAAAACAAAAAAAUCAAGUAUUUAAAUGAAAUAAAUAAUGAAAAUUCUUAUUUACAAAGAACUACUGAACACUGCUUGGUUGGUAUUAAAGGUGCUGUUAGACGAUCUUUUGACAUCCAUUUAAUUCAUGCUAAUCUAGACACAGAUGUUAUCAUAGCAGAAGAGACAGAUGAAAAUAUUUAUAAUAAUAACAAACCAGAAGAACUUUACAAAAUUAUCGAAAAGUUCUGUCUUGGAAGAAGAAAAAUUGAACUAUUUGGAACCAAUAGAAAUAUACGUAAUGGAUGGCUAACUUUAGGAAAAAGUAUAGAUACUACUCUCUUCAAUAAGGAAGAGUAUACAGGAUGGUUCGAGGGAGACGUUGCAUGGCCAGAGGCAACUUCAUAUGUUGGUGGGAAGUAUAUGGGUACGACUACCGAAAUUGAGAACUUGCGACCCAAGUCUCCUCCUAGAAAUACCAACACCUAA